CCAGCCAGUGCACCUGAGACAGCUGCAAGGAAGAGAUCUCCAGUGCUGCCCAGUGCCCCCCACAUCCCUCCUCCCCUCCAUGUGGUGCUGAAGGACAGCUCUCCAGAAGACCCCCACUUACCCCAGAAGAGGGGUGGGAUUACCCAGGCUGUCUCAUUGCCCUUGUGUGCUGCUGUGUGCCUCUUCCCCAUUCAUAUGCCCUCCCUCCCCUGAUGGGUCUUCUGCACUAGCCCUGCCACCAACACAGGAGGACAAGGAUGAAAAAGAGCUUUCUGGUGCCAGAGAUUAAACCCUUGGAUGUAUAUGAUGUGCAGCAGGCCAGGACCUCUGCCUCCCUCGGCUGGCUCAUCUCCAAAUGCUACAGCAGAGAUGUGCCGGAAGAACUGUGCUCGCCCUGCUACACCGAUCAGUAUGAACAGGAGCAUGUAAAGCCAGCGGUGAUCAGCCUCCUGUUGUCCGCUGAUGUGUACUGCAGAGCAUACCGCAGAGCAUUGCCUCACGAAAGCUCCCCUCCGAGGGACAAUGCCGGCCUGCUGCUCCUCCUGGCUCGGAAGGGGUUCCCGCCUGUGCACCAGGGAGAGCCCGUGAAGACCAGUGAUCUGAGGGAGAAGCCCAUUCGUAUGGCUGCCCAUCUCGCUGUGAUUGAUUCUAUGAUGAUUGUAUGUUUAAGUCACUGCGCAGAGUCUCUUCCUUCCACCGAGGAGCCUGGAUUGGGAGGCUUGGAGAUUAAGUUGCUUUCUUGGGUUGACAAGAUAAAUCGCCAGUUGCUGGAAGAAGCCGAAAGGGAACAAGGUCAGAAGCAGCUCUCAGCCCCAGAGGGUCCAAACCAGGCUGGGAUCCGGUAUCGGAAAGACAAAGCUCUAUCCAGACAGACCCCAUGCUUUACAUCCGUAUCAUCCUUGAGAGACUUGUCUAAUGGGAGUGCCCUGGCUGCCAUGAUUCACUAUUACUGCCCAGCUGAGCUCAGACUGCAGGAUGUCUGUUUGAAGGAUACAAUGUCAGUAGCUGACAGUCUCUACAACUUGCAGCUCCUGAGAGACUUCUAUGCCAACCAUCUGCCACCAUCUUGCCCACUUUCCCUGGAGGACCUCCUGUAUGUGCCCACUGCCUUGAGGGUAAAUCUCCUUUCACUAUUAGCAGACCUGUACUACUGUUUUGAAGUAGCCAAACCCGACUUUGUGCAACCCAAAGAUUUGCAGCCCGGGAACGAGAGUACAACACCUUCAAGUGCAUACAGUGGGGGGGGUUCUCCAAUAUUUACCUUCAAACCAGGAACCACAGGAUCGUUGCCUCACUCGUCAUCAAUGUCCCACAUGGAUGGGUUUGCAAAGACGUGGACGAAAAACCCAUUAAGUCAUCCUCUGUCUCAAGCAGUCUCCUUUAGUAUACCAUUUGGGCUUGACAGUGAUGUUGACAUAGUAAUGGGGAACCCUGUAAACAUUCUUCGCUCUGUUAGCUCAGACAGCCUAACUGCUCCAGUCUACGCUCCAUCCUCACCAAACUGUGUUACAAGAGCUACGUAUACCCCUACUGAGGAUGCAGCAGAAUUUCCGAUGCAACCCCGCACCUUCAAAAAAGUCCCAUUAACUGGGAAGGGAACCAAUGACCUGCAGGUUCAGGAGAAACCAGGUGGAGGACAAGGAACACAGACAGAUCUCCCAACAAUUGAGGAAGCUCUGCAAAUCAUCCACAGUUCUGAAACCAGGCUUCUACCAGAGGGAGCACCAGAUGGUUUCUAUCUUCACUCACCAGAGGAAUCUAAGCCAUCCAAGGUGGAAGAAGAACCUGUCCCAAACUUGGGUGUUUACAGGACUCAUGAUGGUUCUAGAAGGCUCUCGAGAGAUGAUGACUCUGUCCUGCGAGAUAAUAGCUUGGAUUCUGAUGCAGAGGAGACCAGACAAACUCAAGAAUCCAGUAGAAGCUCACUCAGCUCCCAGGCUGAUUCUUCUGCUGGGUCUGGUGCAAAGAUGACAAGUUUUGCUGAACGCAAGAAGAAACUUGAUGCCAAAGUUAACCCAGAUGGUUCCCCAUCCUCAGUACCUAAUAAUUCUCCUAAUACAACCACAUGGGCACAAAAAGCUGAGGAAUCUCCAGUUAAGAGCCCAGCCUUGAACUCUGAGAUGAACCAGCUUGGCGCUAGGCUUGAAGAGAAAAGAAGGGCUAUUGAGGCCCAGAAAAAAAGAAUAGAAGCUAUAUUUGCGAAGCAUCGACAACGUCUUGGAAAGAGUGCCUUCCUCCAGUUAAAAAGGAGAGAAGGAGAAGAAGAUGGAGAUGAAGGACUGGACGAUUUGAAGUUAUCCCCAGAUGAAGGGCUUCCUAAAGAAAGUGAAGAUGAAAAACUUAAGACAUUAAGUGAAGGAGAAGAGAAAAAUAAUGGAAGGACACCUGAUGCAUCUGUGAAAAAUCGUAGUGAGAAACAAGUUAGCUUUUCCCCAGAAGUGACCAAAGCAGGGCUGGAGGAUAACCUUGGCGAGUACAACCGCGCAGUAGCUAAACUGAAUACUGCACUGUCGUCUCUGCAGUCUGACAUGAAAAGGCUGUCAGACCAACAGGAUAAGAUGAUGAAGAAAGAAAGUAAAGCUUGGGUUAUACCAGCUCCAAAGUCCUCACCUCCAGCCCAUCGGCCAAAGUCAUCACCCCCCAUUAGACUUACCAGGGAGAUCCAAAUGCCUCGUUCCUCCCCAGCAUCUCCUUCACAGUCGCCUUCACGUAUGGCUCCAAAAUCUCCACAGCCCAACACUAGAAGAUCACUACAGGUACAACCAGUUGCACCUAAGAGUCCCAAAAAUACUCGUCCUGUUGAGCUUAAGAUUCCACCUCUUAACAGAGUACUCCUCGCUCCGCAUAAUGUGGACACCCUACCUCACUUACGUAAAUUUUCCCCCAGCAAAGUUUCUGUCCAGACACGGUCCUCUAUCCAUUUCACAGAUGAAGAAUAUGAAGAUGAGGAAACUGUGCCAAAUUAUGAGGUCCAUGGGAACUCGCGCCCUGUGGCUUCAGUGGUUCCUCAGAGCAGCGGAGUCGGGUCAUUGGCUGAAGAAGAUAAAGAGACAAAACGGAGUAGUUUGAUUGAGAUCCCAUUAUCAGAAUUGCAGCCGAGAGAAGAUGGGGAAGUAGAUGGAAUGGACUCAUUAGAAGGAACUCCAGGGGAGGAAGGAGGACUGCAGAGAGGAGUUGGAUUCUUCUUUAAGGGUGAGGAACGGACAGAGGAUGAGAUGGCACAAAGGAGGGCAGCUCUGCUGGAGAAGCAGCAGAAGAGGGUAGAGGAAGCACGGAAAAGAAAACAAUGGCAAGAGGAGGAAAAAGAAAAGAAAGAGGAGGCCAGUCCACCGCAACAGCAGGAGGAGCAACAGCGCAAGGAGGAAGAAACAGUGCAGCGUCGAGGGGACUUCACCAGGCAAGAGCACCAGCGUCGACAGCAGCUGAAGAUUAUGGAAGAUCUGGAUAAAGUCCUUCGGCAAAAGCCUAUGACCGUUCGAGCUGUUAAAAAACAGCGCCCCAAGACAGUUUUCCAUGACGACUCUGUAAUUUCCCGAAGUCCCAUGAGAGGACUGUUAGGCUCUAAACUAAGUAAAGUCUAUUCUCAGUCCACCAUGUCCCUCUCUACUGUGGGAAAUGACAAUGGUGGAGGAACAUUUAGAAAGUCACCUCGAUCACCAAGAGCCGACUCCCCUUCUGGACUAGUGUCUCCCAACCGGUCUCUCUUCGCGCAGAAUGGAGACAAGGACUGGGACACUGGUUCUACUGCAUCAUCUCCAGCCUCCAUCCCAGAGUAUACAGGGCCCCGUCUGUACAAAGAACCCAGUGCAAAAUCAAACAAAUUUAUCAUCCACAAUGCAUUGUCCCACUGCUGCCUUGCAGGCAAAGUCAAUGAACCGCAGAAGAACAAAGUGCUAGAGGACAUGGAUAAGAGCCAAGCCAACCAUUUUGUCAUCCUGUUCCGUGAUAGCAGUUGCCAGUUUCGAGCGGUUUAUACCUUUUCGUCCGAGACUGAUGAACUUACUCGUCUGGCAGGCUACGGUCCACGAACAAUUAAUUUGUCCAUGGUUGAAGAUAUCUACAAAUACAGUUCGGACCGCAAACGAUUUACUCAGAUACCCAGCAAGACCAUGUCCAUGAGCGUCGAUGCCUUUACCAUCCAAGGUCAUCUCUGGCAGAUCAAAAGGCCCACUACUCCCAAAAAAGCCAGUACACCCAAAUAGAUAUCCACCUUGGAACUGUAAUUUCAGUUGGGGAAGCCUCUUUCCAGCUUCUGUUAAGUCAUGUCCUUUUGCUUCUGAUGUUUUUUUUAUUUUGUUUGUCAUUAGUAUCUCUGGGAAAACUGGUGAGGGAACUAGAGUCCACACUGUAGGCCAGGUAGGUGGCUAGGCAUGAAGA